AGAACGUCCUAAUCUGUACUUCUUCUUUUCUGUGCAGGUUCAAUUGUGAGUUUGACCAUGGCACUGUAGAGUAGUGACGAGCAAACCCCGAAGCUGGUGCGGCAGCCGGUGUUAAAUGCUCAAAGAACAAUAGCUGUGACUGUGGAAGAAUAACUGUGAAUUGAUCAUGGCCAGGAAACCCGAGACGCAGCUACUAAAUGCUCCGACCGAUGUCAUCUCGGCGGUGAAGUUUUCACCAAAAACUAACAAGUUCCUGCUGGUGUCAUCCUGGGAUGCGAGCAUUCGCCUGUACGAUAUAAGCAAUAACACGGUUCGGUUGCACUUUAACAGCCAAUCUCCAGUAUUGGAUUGUGCUUUCCAGAACUCCACCAAGGCGGCUAGCGGUGGUCUCGACAACCUGGUAAAACUGUACGAUCUGAAUACACAUACCGAGAGCACACUCGGUAGUCACAGUGCGGGGGUAAAGUGCGUGGAGUACACGGCCCUGCUGAAUGGGAUUCUCACCGGCAGCUGGGACCGUACGGUGAAGUUAUGGGAUUCACGAGAGAAAGAGUGCGCCGGUACGUACGAGCAGAGCAAUGGCAAGGUUUACUCGAUGAGCUGUGUCGAGGAGAAGCUGGUGGUGGCGACGUCGGAGCGCAAGGUGCUAAUCUGGGACCUCCGCAACAUGAAGCACUACAUCGAGCGGCGCGAAUCGUCGCUAAAGUAUCAGACGAGAGCCGUGCGCUGCUUCCCAAACGCAGAGGGCUACGUCAUGAGCUCAAUCGAGGGUCGGGUCGCGGUGGAGUACUUCGAUUCCAGUCCGGAGGUGCAGAAGAAAAAAUUUGCCUUCAAGUGCCACCGGGCCAAAGGGAACGACAUCGAGCUCAUUUAUCCGGUGAACGCGAUUAGCUUCCAUAGUGUGUACAACACAUUCGCGACAGGCGGCUCGGAUGGCUACGUGAAUAUCUGGGAUGGUUUCAACAAGAAGCGGCUGUGCCAAUUCCAUCUGUACGACAGCUCUAUCUCGAGCCUCUGCUUCAGCGACGAUGGCAGCACGCUGGCGAUCGCUUGCUCGUACAUGGACGAGGCGGAAAAACCGCCGGAACCGUUCCCAGAGCCGACCCUUUACGUGCGUUACGUGAACGAGCAAGAAACGCGACCAAAAUAGUGCGGUUGUUGUUAAAGUCUCGCAGAGCUCUUCUCAUUCUGAGCUAUGAACAUAUUUCCUUUACGGAGCAGUAAAGCCAGUUACAGUGGUACACAUUCGUUUAGCUGAACCUUGAGGAUCAAGAGUAAACGGUAUCACUUACGUACGGAUGUAAAAAAUCGUGUCAUCAACCUGUUAUUGUGUUACUACAUAUGUGACUAGUCUACACGUAAAAUAGAUUAGGAUAUGUGGGUAUUUCAGAUCUCUGUGAGGCAAAAUGUUUGCACACGUCAUAUUUCAUUGUGUUUAAGCUAGACAUUCAUUUAACCGACGUGACCAUAAUGUUUUGCAAUGUUUUCGAACAAAUGCAUGCUUUUUUGUAUUUGAAGUUCAAUAGUAGAGCUAAGCUAGAUUAUUUUAAACUUGAGACAUGCCCAUUUUUAUAUCAUCCUGAUUUUUAAACAUUUUUUCAAAAUAAUGGGUCAGAGCUGAGUGCCUCACCGAGUAAAACCGACAAAUAACCAAAUUCUUCUCAAACCAAAGGUUCCAUUGCUUCAAAUAUUCGCUGAUCAAAGAAAUCAAUACAUUAUUUCCUUAAAAAUGUAUCGAAUGGUGAAAUUAUACUAAGACUAAAUGUGAACAAAAUAGUGUCCCAAAGGGAAAAGAAUCAGGUUUUACAAGAAAUAACCAGCCAUCGACUAUCUUUCGGGCAAAGUACAAGAAAUAUGGUUAAAACAGUAAUAAUCAGAUACAUUUCAUACGUUAUUGACAACAGAAUAUCAUGAAAUUGGUACAUAAUUCAAAUUGGUACAUAAUUCAUAGUUUAUUGAUACCAAUUAGCACAACCGGCUAAUUUACCAUGAAUUUAGUAACGUGGGUUACGUAAUGGCAAAAUGUACUAUUUGUUAAAACAAAUUAGCAACCUCUUGAUGAUUUGGAUACAUAGAACCGUUAUUGGUAUGUUUUCAACCCUAAUGGACCACAUCGUCAGUUAAAAGCUAAAUGUCGUUAGUGAGGGUUUGAUGUCAUAUGUGACUUGCUCAUCAUGUGCUGCUUCCCAUUUGUUGAAGAGAAACGCAAAUGGUUUCAGUUAUUUACAAGCAGCUUUCAGAAGACGAUUUAAUGCAUCUUAUUGAAACUAACGAAGAUAAACAUCUUAUAUUUCAGUAAGAUAAUAAAUUAACUCAUUUUCGACAAAAAUUGAAGGCAAACACAUAAACAACCUUUUACGUUAGUUAUUUAGAUUGGUUUUUUUUUCAAAAGAUCAGCAAUUUUUAAAAAUAUUAUGAGUUUUUUUAAGCCAUUGAUGACUGUUAACGAAAAAUUGAUAGGAAGCCCAAUAAAUCUGUUCGAAACCCAUGGCAAAUCAUCGUUUUAUACCAACUAGCUCUUUGAUUCGUAAAAAAAUAAAAAAAAUGUGAUUUUCAAACUGUUCUGUUAAACAAAUUUCAAUUUUCUCGAAAAAAACAUCCUUCUCGUUUUUUUUAAUAAUAUAAAUAUGUGGUAAAGAACGAUAGAAUAAACCGUUGGUAUUAAUCAAAAUGGAAAAUGGAUGGCUAGUUAAAACUUAACACGGUUAAACGAAUGUCUAUCACUGUAUAACAAAGUUUAUGUUAAACUUAAAGCAUUUCAGGAACUGCUAGUAGAUAACAUUGCCACGAGCCUAUAUUGUAAUCAUGGCAGGAGAGAAAUACUAUCAAUAUUAAUUUAUGCUCUGUAUGACUUCUAGUGUCUCACAUUUCGCGUAUCUCAUAUUGAGCAUGUCUACUAUUAUUUCUACUGUAUUCCACGGGAAGAACAUUUUGAAUGCCAUUGAACGUUUAGUGUUUUAUAAUAAACAUAAUAAGUAUAAUUUAAAGCAUCUUGGUUGAUAACAGUCAAUCUGCUGGUACGAACAGCGCAAUGGCAGCUUAGAUAAAGUUUAGCGGGCUGUAAUGCAGCUUUAUCGAUCGGUUAUCGGGAGCAGAUAAGGCAACGAAUGCAUUGUGGAACAGCAUAGAUCAAAUGUGUUUAUCGAAGCGUAGGCAUCCGUCGAAAGAUAAUGAGCAGACGUUUGCAUUUGGUUGCAUUGCUUCCCUUCCCACCCCGUGUAAAUGGAGCAGAGGGAGAGAGAGAGAGAGAGCUUUUUUCUUCAAACGGUUAUGGUUUAUUUUUGCAUUCAAAAGACGUCAACAUAGAUGGAAGCGUAUUAUAAGCAGGGGAAACAUUAUUCCAAAGUUAUGCAAAUGUAAACCUUUGAUUUUGUGAAUAAAGUUAGGUAUUUAGUUUA